CCUGUUGACUCAAGCCAACCCGGUGGUUCCCCCUCCCAUUCCCCCACUUUCAAGGGCAUACGAAAGCCUUGUCAAGGCUGAGAAAGUUAAUUCCUGAAGCCUGUAGUCUGCAGGUGUUGGCAGUAAUGCUACCUCCCUUUUUCUACCCCGAGUCAGAUAGAAACAAACAUGGGAAUUGUGUUUUGCUAGCAAUCUUAUCAACAAGGUCUUGUGACCCAUCUAGAAAAUGCACAAGAAACACAGAACUAAAUGUUUUGGUGGGCAGCAAUUAUGUGAAACCUGUUUAUUCUUAGAGUGACCUAACCCAUAAGAGUCUGGUUAUAAAAGAUUGUGUACAGCAACAAUAAAGCCGUCACUUGGGCCAUCAGCCCAGGGGACCCUCCUGUUCCCAAACUUUCUCUGCUCUCUUUUUUUCUUGCAUUCCCCUACCCUCAGGACCCUGACCUCAGUGUUUGUCGCACCAGCCGCUACAAGUGGCGCCCGAACAGGGACCUGACACAACAAGGAGGAAAGCGAAAGCGGACCGCGCGGCGUCUAAUUCAGGAUGAGGAAGCGCCACGCUGGGUCCCACUUCGGCUCCUCAGAGACAUUACGGUUGCGCCGAAAAAUGGCCAAACUGACAGAGACGGAGCCCCCCCAGAAGCGACAACGGCGGAGUCAUAAGGCGGGUACACCCACCUGGGGACAGAUAAAGAACCUGUUGACCCAGGCCACUGAUGUAGUGAUGUCCUCAGGUAGAGAGGUAACGGCCACACAUGUCUUCUUGGCAUGCCUGUGCAUUCUAACUACAACCGGAGAGUCUGCCCUCUAUUGGGCAUACAUGGUAGGUCCUCCUACAGUACAACCUGUAACAUGGAGAGACCCCACACCCAUAGUAUACACUAAUCUCACCUUUAUGGGAGGGGAAGAUGCAGGGUUUUUGCCCACUGUGUCGGCCUCUAUAAAUUGGACGGCACUCUCUGCAGGAGUACCCAUCUGCCUGCAAAGGGAGUCUAUGCCGUACAAACUUGCUUAUGGGUGUUUGGGUACGAAACCAGUAGGGCGGUCUAUUACUUAUACUAUGUGGCAAAAUGACAAGCGUCUUUCUGAAUGGGUACCCCGCUCUGUUGCCGCUUAUUGGCAAAAGAGAGAAUUAUUAGGAGAAUGGAUGUUUUUUGGACCGCAUGAUCCCCCUCAGAAUCUUCCUAUAUGUCCCUCAGCUGGUCAAGGCCUUACUGGGGACUCACCUUGGGGUAUAUGUGCCCAAUCCUCUUCUUUGAGGAUGACUCCUAAAGACAUAAACUAUACCAUUACAGAUUAUUCCCGAAAGGCCCAGCUAGCUCAGUCGGUAGAGCAUGAGACUCUUGAUCCCAGGGUCGUGGAUCCACCUCCUAGCGAGGUACAGGUACACCAUAAGAUUAUCCCACAAACCAUUUUGCAAUCCCCUGAAGGAAGAAUUCAUUCUGAUCUUUGGAAGUUAUAUGCUACCUUUGAUAAAAUAUAUACUAAUGACAGCUUUAGUUUUCCAGAAUAUUAUGUUUCUCCAGUUCUGCAAUUGCGUGCCUGUGUUCCUCCACCCUACUAUCUGAUUGUUGGAGAUGGGACCAUUACUCCAGUAAAAGAAGAUGGUCAUCAGUUAUACCGGCUGACGUGUCCUGCUUGUGUUUUGACCAAUUGUCUACCAGUAGAUGGACCCUCUAGAAGUGGAAUGAAGGUUUAUCUGGUCUUACAACCUCCCUACUGGAUGUUGCCAGUAUAUGUUACAGGACCUUGGUAUCCUAAUUAUGGGAUGCAAUUGGCUUUAGAAAUCAGUAAACGGCUGCGCAGGACCAAACGGUUUCUUGGACUCUUAAUUGUUGGACUCAUAGCAACAGUGACUGUAAUUGCCUCUGCAACUGUAUCUGUAAUAUCCUUACAUGAAAGUGCCCAAAUGGCAUCCCAUGUAAAUGAAUUGGCUCAUAAUGUAUCCAAGGUGUUUGCCACUCAAGAACGAAUAGAUCGUAAAUUGGAAGCCCAAUUAGAGGCACUACAAGAAGCAUUAAUGUAUCUUGGUGAUCAGUUUGCUGUUUUGCGUACCAGACUUUCUUUAAUUUGUCAUGAUGCAUAUAAGCAUAUCUGUGUUACCCCUUUAGAGUAUACCAAUGUCACAUGGGGACAAGUGCGUCGUCAUUUACAAGGGGUUUGGCAUGAUGCUAAUACUAGCUUAGACCUCUUACAGCUACAAGAAGAGAUAAAUGCUGUUGCAAGUAGCUCACUCAGUUUCCCUGACCCUGGAGAUCUCGCUGAAACCAUACUGCACCAACUUAAUGGGUUUAAUCCAUUUAAUAUUCUUCAGCAUUCCUUUUGGAUCUUUAUUGGAAUUGUUUCCGUAAUAUCUGUUAUACUUGUCUUGCUGUGUUAUUUCUGGAGAUGGGGUCUUACUGCCUUUACCACAUACCAAGCCAGGAUGCACAUGUUGCAAUUACAAACAAUAGGGGGACAUGUGGGGGGCCGGGCCCCGGUGCCAGGCUGAGACCGGGUCGAGCAAUGUUCCCCGUUGACUCAAGCCAACCCGGUGGUCCCCCCUCCCAUUCAUGUGGGAGGCCAGGCCCCGGCGCCAGGCUGAGACCGAGACCGGGUC